AGUAAGAGAGAGAGAGAGAGAGAGAGAGAGCACGAAGGAGAGGAAGACUUCCCAAGAUGAUAGAUUUGGCUGAAUUUCUAUGGAGUUUCUCUCUCAUUUCUCUCAUCUUGCACACUCUACCAGUCCUUAGAGAGGCUGUCUCCAUGGCUCUAAGCUCUAGUUCUGCUUCUUCAUCAUCUUCUUCUCCUACUUUCUCAUGGGCAGGCCUUCGAUCACCAGUGUUCGCUCCGAAAAGUGUGAUUUUCGCACCUGUGAAUCGCCAGCAAGAAAGUUCAGGUAAAGAAACAAACCCAAUUGAGGAUUCGAGAUUUGAGCUACCCACCUUGGCUUCCGGAGGCCCGGUUCUUGUAUCAUGUUCUGAGAAGUGCCUGCGAGAGAAUUCAUGUUCCUGGCCACUCGAUCACGUGGCAGGAGGUAUAACUUUCGCCACGGAGAAAAACCAACAAGAGAAUUUACAUUGUGGAAGCCACGAAGAGGAGAGUUCCAUGAGAGAUGAUGCUACUUUUGCAGCAAGCGAGUGUCCACGAAAGAAAAUGGUUUCUAUGCCUCAAGGAUUUAAUUCUCCGGCAACAAGCAAAGUGGUAGAAGUUAAUGUCCUCGGCAAGGUGAGGAAAAGGCCGGCAAGGAUUGCCAUACCAGAGUCUUACCGAAGUUCAGUUUUUGAUGAAGUGAGUGUAGAUUUGGGUGAGAAGGAAUUUCAAGCUGAAGGGAGAGAUUUCUAUAUGGUAUCUAGGAGAGGAGGGAGGAAGGCCAUGGAAGAUGGCUAUGGUGUUAUAACAGAUGUUUUAGGAGACUCCAAACAGGCGUUUUUUGGUGUUUUUGACGGGCACGGAGGGCGUGCAGCCGUGGACUAUGUCACUGAGAAGCUGGGACAGAAUAUUAUAACAGCUAUUAGGAAUCUAGAAGAGGCAGAAGACCAAGUACAACAAGCAAUUAGGGCAGGCUACUUGACCACAGAUAAGGAGUUUCUUAGUCAGGGCGUGAGUAGUGGAGCUUGCGCAUCCACUGUGUUUCUGAAGGAUGGGGAGUUACAUGUAGCUAAUGUCGGUGAUUGUAGAGUGGUUUUGAGUAGGAAUGGCAUAGCGAAUGCACUCACGAGGGACCACCGCCCCGAGAGUGAAGAUGAGCGGAUUCGGAUUGAGAACUCGGGAGGUUACGUCAACUGCUGCAAUGGUGUCUGGAGAGUUCAAGGUUCACUCGCAGUUUCUCGAGCGAUCGGAGAUGUUCAUUUAAAGGACUGGAUAAUUUCAGAGCCAGAAACUAAUCAGCUUCGGCUAACAUCGGAUUGCGAGUUUUUGAUAAUUGCUUCUGAUGGGUUGUGGGAAAAGGUAACUAAUCAGGAGGCAGUUGAUGUGGUGAUGAGACACAAAAACUCCAUUGAAUCUUGCAAAACGCUGGUAGAUAUUUCUUCAAGUAGAGGCUGCAAGGAUGAUAUAACAGUCAUGGUGGUCUACUUACAAAACUUCACAGAAACCUGUGAUUAAUAAAGGCUACAUUUGGAAUUACGUCAGGAAUCCCAGGCGGGGAGAGUCAAUUUCAAUUUCAUUCGUUUCAACCAGCCACUGAUAAUCCACACUCAGUUCAGUUUCUUUUUCGACCACAUUUUGAUUUGGGUGUACAUCCAAACGCACCAAGAAAAUGGAGAACUGGAGGUAUCUAUGAAGGAGUAGAGAGAAAGACAUGCAUGGUGUGUCACUUUGAUGGUACACGCCUGGAUUAUAUCUGCAUGUAUGGAGAUCAUUACAUCUUUUUUGGGGACCAUGUUUGGAAGUGGCAUGCAUGCAUGUUUCUCAGUACAUGUAAGGUUUUUUUUUUUUUUUUUUUUGUUAAUUUUUUGUAAAAUUUGAAAAUAUUGAUAGGGAACUGCCAAACCCCGACUUUCAAUACAUGGC